GUCACACGGGCCGGAGCGGGCGGCUUGUAAAGUUACGGCUCAGUUAAAAGUCAAACAGAGAAAACACAAACAGGUUUUCGCUACUGGGCGGAUUAACUUCUUCAUUUGAAUAUUAGAAGAAAACGAAGGAACAAUCUGGAUUAAUCCAACUACUGUUUCUAAUGGACUCUAUUUUGGAUUGAAUCGACCGAGGACGAUUUUUGAUGAGAAAAGGACAAACUUCAUUUUAUUAAUAUGACGGGAAUGUUUGUUUAAAACGUCACCGGCACGGGAAUUACAAUUAGGAUGACCGCCGUCAAGAGGAAGGUGCAGCAGGUGCUGUGCGUCCUGCUGCUGCCGUGUGCUCUCCAACUGUGCAGCGCGCAGACAGAAGGAGUUUGUUCCGGCACCCAGAAUGUUCUGAGCACGACGGGAAAUGCAGAUAUCCAGUACAACCUAAUGAAGGAUAUGUACACCGGCUGUGAGAUUGUGAUGGGCAACCUUGAGAUUACCAUGAUGGACCACACCAGAGACUUCUCCUUCCUGCGGUCCAUCAGAGAGGUAACGGGCUACAUCCUGUUUGCCGUCAACGAGUUCAGCCGCAUGCCUCUGGAUCACCUGCGUGUCAUCAGAGGCACCACACUGUAUGAGGAAAAGUACGCGUUGGCUGUGAUGGUCAACUACCAGAAGGGCGGGCUGCUCGGCCUGCAAGAACUGGGCCUGACACACCUCACAGAGAUACUGGAGGGAGGAGUCAAGAUCAUCCAGAAUAAAUACCUGAGCUACGCCCCGCAGGUGAACUGGCAGGACAUAGUGAGGGAUGGAGCAGCUCAUAUAAUGAUUGAGGAAAAUGGGCCUGAGAAGCCUUGUAACGAAGCAUGUGGAGACGUUCCGUGUUGGGGUCCAGGAAAUGACACGUGCCAGAUCUUGACGAAGACUGUGUGUGCUCCUCAGUGUAACGGCCGAUGCUUUGGUAGAAACCCGAGCGAGUGUUGUCACAUUGAGUGUGCCGGAGGCUGCACUGGACCGCUGGAUACAGACUGCUUUGCUUGCAGGAACUUCAACAACUCGGGCGCCUGUGUGCCUCUGUGUCCCCAGACCCUCAUCUACAACAAGCACACAUUCAAACUGGAGCCCAACCCCAACGCCAAGUACCAGUAUGGCUCCAUCUGUGUGGUCCAGUGCCCCACUAACUUUGUGGUGGAUGGCAGCUCAUGUGUGAGUGGCUGUCCGUCUGAUAAGACGGACGUGGAUAAAAACGGAGUGAAAAGAUGUGAACCAUGCGGAGGCCUCUGUCCCAAAACUUGCUACGGCACAGGAGGUCCAACCAGACAAACUGUCGACGCUCUGAACAUCGACAGUUUCAUAAACUGCACUAAGAUCCAGGGCAGUCUGCACUUCCUGGUGACCGGGAUCAAAGGUGAUGAAUACAACGGCGUACCAGCCCUCGAUCCAGAGAAACUGAAAAUCUUCAACACUGUGAGGGAGAUUACAGACAUCCUCAGUAUCCAGUCAUGGCCUGAAAACAUGUCCAACCUGUCAGUCUUCUCCAACCUCCAAACAAUUCAGGGCAGAACACUUUACAAAGGAGUGAGCUCUAGAAGGGGCUACUCUCUUCUGGUGAUGAAGAUCCGCUCUCUGACCUCCCUGGGGUUACGCUCGCUGCGAAACAUAAACGACGGCGGCGUUUACAUCACAGGAAACAAGAAGCUCUGCUACCAUGACACCGUCAACUGGACGCGAAUCUUGACCAGCGGCUCUCGCCCGCAGCGACGCCAGAAGCACAUCGACGUCAAGGAGAACAGGCCAAGAAAUCAGUGUGUUAAUGACGGCCGUGUGUGCGACCCCCUGUGCUCCUCUGAUGGCUGCUGGGGGCCGGGGCCAAACCAGUGUGUGUCCUGUAAGAAAUACAGCAGGGGAGGAACGUGCGUGCCAGACUGCAUGUUCCUAACUGGGGAGAGGCGGGAGUUUGCUACUCGAUCAGGGGAGUGUAUGCCAUGCCACCCUGAGUGUAAGGUCCAGGAGGGGAAGCAGACGUGCACAGGCCCGGGAGCAGAUCAGUGUGUAGCAUGUGCCAGCCUGCAGGACGGUCCACACUGUGUCUCCUCAUGUCCCGAGGGCUUGAUGGGAGGGGAGGAAGUCAUCUUUAAAUACCCCAACACACAAGGCCGCUGUGAACCGUGCCACAUCAACUGCACCCAAGGGUGCUACGGCCCAGGCAUUAGAGACUGUGUGGGGUCAACCCGGUUCGCGAUCUCUGGACAAGCGACCACAGCCAUUGUACUGGGAGUGAUUGCCCUUCUCUUCCUUUCAUUCUCUGUGUUCGUGCUGACUGUUCUGUACCGCCGAGGACUCGCAAUUCGUCGCAAGCGGGCCAUGAGGAGAUACAUGGAGAGCGGAGGGAGUUUUGAGCCCCUGGAACCUGGAGAGAAGGGAUCUAAAGUCCAUGCUCGGAUCCUGAAGCCCUCAGAGCUGCGUAAGAUCAAGCUGUUGGGUAACGGAGUGUUUGGAUCAGUCCAUAAGGGCAUUUGGAUCCCUGAGGGUGAUACAGUGAAGCUUCCUGUGGCCAUAAAGACGAUUCAUGAUCGCACCGGCAGGCAGACCUUCUAUGAGCUGACUGAUCACAUGAUGCUGAUAGGAAGCCUGGACCACAUUAACGUCGUCAGGACCCUGGGUAUCUGUCCUGGUGCCAGCCUGCAGAUCGUCACCCAGCUCAUUAGCCAGGGCUCCCUGCUGGAGCACGUCAGGAACUGCAAGAACAAACUCAGCCCGCAGAGGCUGCUCAACUGGUGUGUUCAGAUCGCAAAGGGUAUGUAUUACCUGGAGGAGAACAGGUUGGUCCACAGAAACCUGGCUGCCAGAAAUGUGCUCCUGAAGAAUAAUUACACCGCCCAGAUCUCAGACUACGGCAUUGCAGACCUACUUUACCCUGAUGACAAGAAGUAUUUUCACAAUGAGGUCAAGACACCAGUCAAAUGGAUGGCCUUAGAGAGCAUCUUGUUUCGCAGAUACACACAUCAGAGUGAUGUCUGGAGUUACGGUGUGACAGUAUGGGAGAUGAUGUCCUAUGGGGCAGAGCCGUACACUACAAUGCGCCCACAGGACGUUCCUGAUCUGCUGGAAAAGGGAGAGCGUCUGUCCCAGCCUCAAAUUUGCACCAUCGAUGUCUACAUGGUGAUGGUCAAGUGCUGGAUGAUUGAUGAGAAUGUCCGUCCAACUUUCAAAGAGCUGGCGAAUGAAUUUACCAGAAUGGCCAGAGACCCACCUCGCUACCUUGUCAUCAAAGAGGACUGCACACAACCUGACUCAGCCCCAGAUGAACUCGUCCAGCGGAGUGCAGACUUGGACGACCUGGAUGACCUAGACAUUGAGCUGGAGGACCAGGGGGAGGAUGUGAUGGAUGGCAUGACUCCAGGCCCCAACUACCUGUCUCAGUCCAAGAGCCUCACUCGCCUCUCCAGAUUGGACACUCCCAGAGUGAUUAUUACUCCAAAUGUGGCUGGAUACCUGCCCAUGACCCCAGGUUUUGACAACCCAGCACAGGCCAUGUGGCAGUCGCGCUCUCGACUGAACUCAGCCCGCACUGUGUCUGAGAGCUCGGAGGGCUGCGGCACGGCAGUGGAGCUGGAGAUGAGCGAGGACUUUUCUCUGGCAGGGAGUCUGAAGAGGCGACGUCAACGUGAGGACAGCGCUUACAUGUCGCAGAGGGACAGCUUGUCUGGCGGGCCAACAGAGACUCCAUCACCAGAGAUGGAGGAAGAGGACCAGAAUGGAUACGUGCUUCCUGGAGACAGCCCAGAGAGAGAUACCCUCCUUUCCUCAUCUCGAGCCGCUCCUGGCAGGAUCAGCAAGUCUCAUUCAUCGGGCCUCCUUGACGACCCAGAUGAAGAAGAAUACGAGUAUAUGAACCGGCAGUUGUGUGUAACACCUGUCUCACCAAGACACAGCAGCCACUGGCUAAAGCCCAACAAGACGCGCACCGCCUCUGUAUCAUCUCAAGCCACGGCAUGCUCAGUUGACACCAUCCCAUCUGUGGAGGUCAGGAGGAGCAAUCACAACUCCGAUUCAGAGCAGCAGGGGUCUAAUGAAGUUCAGUAUGAAUACAUGGACAUCAGGGGUAGCGACAGAGAUGACAGCCCUCCAGUGCCUGACCCUCCUCCUCCUCCGACACCAGCAAGGAUGGGCAGAGAGGUGGAGGAUGACGAUGAGGAAGAGGAGGAUGAAUAUGUGGAGGACAGUAACUAUCAUUACACAAACAGACAGCCAAAGCUGCGUCAAGCUCUUCGAGACAAGAAGGAGCUGAAGAUAGAGGGAAGGGACGAGGGUGAGGCAUAUGAGUAUGAGGACAUGGACUCCUUUGCUGCCCAGCAGCCAAGAGAUGCUGUGGUGUACCAGAACUUGAAGAGGGAGGGGGAGGGAGCAGUCGGGGCCACAGAUGCACAUCGAUCUGGGUUUGAGCCCUAUGUAAAAGUGCGAGCGGGAGUCGGCGUCGGGGAGCCUCCAGCUGGCGACAGAUCUUUUGACAAUCCAGACUACUGGCACAGCAGGAUGUUCCUGAAGCCCAAAGCAGUGCCCACAUGAAGAACAUUUUAAACCUCUGAGACGUAUUCAUGAAGGACCCAAAGCAGGAAAUGCAAUCAAAAGCCAUGUUUAUAAUGUAGCCAAUGACACAGUUUCAAAAACCCAACAUGUGACUUUUACAGCUUUGUCGUCUGUUACAGGCGCUUGUUAUGUCUUGUAUGCAGGCCUAUGAUUUUGGGCAUUUCCAGAAAUAAUAGCACUGAGAACACUAACAAAAACGAUCAGAUUACAAGCUAUAUUUUUCUGUUUACAUUUUGAAAUGAACAAAGCUUGCUUUAAGAACAAAUGUGUUUGUUUGGAGUUUAGACUUUUAUGUUCUGAGACCUCUUUUUAUUAAUGAUAUAUGAAACAAAUUUUCUACUCAAUAAAAUAUUUUGAAUAGCUA